CAGAAGAGGAAGCCAUGAUGGCGGUCGCGAAGUCGUAGAGAAAAACCGUGUGACAAUUCCAAAUAAAAAUCACAAACCUACAGCUGGAGAAUCAAAGAAAUAUUAGACAUUUUGCCUUGACCCACGAUGAUUCAGGUGGGCAUGUUCAGCACACCACCCCCACCUAUACCACAGGGGAAGCCCCCGCCCCCGCCAAUGGGGGGUGGGGGGGCACAGUUCCAGCCGCUAUCCUUCAAACCCUUCAAGGCCCCAGAUGGAGAGUUCGAUGGCAAGAGGCUGCGCAAGAGUGUUAUGCGUAAGACAGUCGACUACAACUGCUCUGUGGUGAAUAUGCUGGAAUGCCGCGUCUGGCAGCGGGACGAGCGCGACCGGAGCUGCCUGCAGGCGGAUGUGUGCUAUGCCUCAGAGAUGCUACCCCCCCCUGCCUACCCUAUGAACCCCAUCAACGCUGUUGUGUCCAAAUUUGUCCGCACAUCCACCAACAAAGCAAAGUGUCCCAUCUUCUGCCUGGCCUGGACACCUGAGGGUCGUCGUCUCGUGACAGGUGCUUCCUCAGGGGAGUUUACCCUAUGGAAUGGUCUCACCUUCAACUUCGAAACCAUUCUUCAGGCCCAUGACAGCAGUGUUCGGACGAUGGUGUGGUCGCAUAACGACCAGUGGAUGGUGACAGGCGACACAGGAGGUUUUGUUAAGUACUGGCAGACCAACAUGAACAAUGUGAAGCUCUUCCAGGCCCACAAGGAUCCAGUUCGCGGCCUCAGUUUUUCCCCAAGUGACCAGAAGUUUGCCACUGGCUCAGAUGACGGCACUGUUAGAAUAUGGGACUUUUACCGCUGUUAUGAAGAGAAAGUUCUCCGAGGCCAUGGAGCUGAUGUCAAAUGUGUGGACUGGCACCCAUCAAAGAGCUUGCUGGCGUCGGGGAGCAAAGACAAUCAGCAGCCUAUUAAACUCUGGGAUCCUCGCUCUGGUCAACCCCUUGCAAAACUACAUGCUCAUAAAAGCACAGUCAUGGAUCUGAAGUGGAACUCCAAUGGUAACUGGCUCUGCUCAGCAUCCAGAGAUCAUCUGCUCAAGCUUUUUGAUAUCCGUAAUCUUUCCACAGAAUUCCAGGUAUUCAGAGGUCACAAAAAAGAGGCAUCGUGCAUUGCAUGGCACCCCCACCAUGAGGGUCUGUUUGCUAGUGGUGGGUCUGAUGGCUCUAUCCUAUUCUGGCAUGUUGGUAAUGACAAGGAAGUGGGUGCCAUUGAGUCUGCUCACGAUGGCAUCAUCUGGGAUCUGGCCUGGCAUCCUCUCGGUCAUAUACUCUGCUCUGGCUCUAAUGAUCACACGUCAAAGUUUUGGACGAGAAACCGGCCGGGCGACAAGAUGAGAGACAAGUACAACCUAAACACAUUACCGGCUGGAGUCCUGGCCGACGACUCCAUGGAUAUUGAUGACAUUCCUCUGAACUCGAGCCUAACCUCCCAAGGAGCCAUUCCGGGUAUGGGUCCGGAUGACAAAAUUGAAGAGACGGAAACAGCUGGGCCUGAGACCAUCCCAGGCUUAGACUUUGAAGGUGUUGGAUUUGACAGAUUUUCCAAGAAAACUCCAUAUGCCAAACCUAUUCCCAAGACCUUUCAAGCUGCGUGGAAUGCCGCUGGUGGGUUGGAAGAAGAAAUUGAAGAAGAAAACAGUGCGACAAGCUGGGUAGUGACGGACAGUGCUGCCCUGUUCUGCAUGCCAGCUAACAUAGAAGGAGAGAUGGUCUACACAGAUGAUGGCGACGAACUGCCACCUGGCUCAGUACCCCUGAACAACAUUAAGGCUAACUCCAUUCUGUACUGUGGUUUCCUCAUUCCCCUGGAGAAAGUGGCAGGAGAUGUCAUCCAGAAUGCCUUUGCCACCAUGGAGGAAGAGGAUGCCAUUUCUGAGAUAACUGGAGACUUUGAAUUUGCCAGGAAACUCAUAAAAGAGAAGAACCAGCUACUGAAUCCAAAUGCCAGUGAGGAACCUCCAGAGAAGAAGGGUGGACCCCAGUUUGGUGAACAGAAGAAUCCCAAUUAUGGCAAUAGCAACAACAAUACAGGCAACUACCAAGGCUCGGCAGGGUUCCAGGGCAUGCAGCAACCCUUCGGUGGUGGUCCUAGUGGUCCUCACAACCCCAAUUCUCAGAGAGGGAACUUCCGAGGACAAUUUGAUGGAGGGUUCAACCGUGGAGGGCCCAGAGGGAAUUGGUCACACAGAGGAAGUGGCCCAAGGGGAGGCCACAAUAUGGGGGGGAUGAGGGAUGGUGGCGAACAGUAUGAAGAGGGCUUUGAGGAAGACUGGGGGUAUGACGAGCAAGGAGGUGACAAUGGCAUGAACGGGGGAGGCCACUGGGGAGGCUAUGAGGACCGAGGGAGAGGGCGUGGACGAGGUAGAGGGAGAGGGAGGGCCAGAGGAAGUUUCAAGGACUUUGGGGGAUAUGAGGAUGAGGAGCACAUGGGUGGGGGAGGCCGACCCAACCACUGGCGUGGGGGAAGAGGGGGCAUGCAGGGUGGGGAGGACCACUAUGGUGGGGGAGGAGGAGAUUGGCACGGGGAGAACACAUGGUCAGGGAAGGGUAACAAUUACAACAACAACCAGGAUGGUGGAUGGGAUGGGGAAGAGUAUGGGGGCCAUGGUGGUCGAGGAGGACCAUGGAGGGGUAGGCCAAGAGGGCCCAGGGGAGGUGGAGAUUUCCAGAGGGGAGGGAGAGGUGGGGGAGGCAGAGGUGAUUUCCAAAGAGGGAGAUCGAGAGGGGGUGACUUUCAGCGUGGUAGAGGGCGGGGAGGUCCACCAAGGGGGAGGGGUAGGGGCAUUGAAGGGGGUGGUGGAUGGGACAACUUUUAGUGAUAUUCUUUUUUUAUGCAAAGCCACACAUAAUCCAUUCUUUCACUUGGGGAAUCGCACUAUUCAGGAGUCUUACUGGCAACUUCUUUUAUUUUUUACAAAUCUAGAGUAAAAGAAAAUCAAGCAUUCCUGACCUGGAUGUUUUCGUGCUGAUAUUAUUCUCUUUUUUAUAUAUAUAUUUAUCCUUAAAUGAUAUACUUAGGUCUUAUGCAUAUCUGCAUGAAUGUAUGUAAGCAUGCAUGUUUCUAAAGAGUGAGAGAUAAAAAUGAUAGAUUAUUGUAACAGUUAACUUUCUGUGUCUGAAGAAUUUUUACCGGUUCUUUUGUUUUUCUUUUUGCUCUUGAACCUCAUUUUAAAAAUUAGAUGGUAUUCCUGCUAUUGAAUUUUAAAAAGAUAUUUAUAAUCUCAGUCACUACAAGAUGAAAUUUCUGCCGAGACUAUGGUCUUGAAUCCGAGCAAAAUAAAGAGAGCUGUUGCUAUUAAUAUCUCUCUUUGGUGUGAAGGGAAGGGUUUUUUUUUUUUUAUUUUUGGCAAUACUAUAGAUGCAACUACGGUUUUGUGUUGAAAGGUGAAUAAACUGACUUAUAUUUA